AUGAACCUGGAUGCUUUGUUCCAGCAAAUACAGCUCACAGAGAAGCAGGCAGGGGAAAACAGGCGCCUCAUCCAACAAGUUAAAUUCGACAUAAACAGAAGUUAUGAGAAAAUUAACCAAAUAAAAGAAGAGCUGAGCACAGCAAAAAUGAAAUUAGAAUCUAAGGUUCAGCAUCUGUUUGAAAAACAGUCCCACUUAGAAAUUAUGAGGAAACGUGAAGACAACUUAGAAAAACAGAAAGCUGAACUUAUUAAUCAAAAAAGCAAUCUUCUUAAAAUCUUGACAGAUGCAAAGAGAAAAAUGACUGAAGAGGAAUAUAAUUUUACUAGAGAAAUAACAGAGUUUAACAAUGAGUAUGGACUAACAAGUAAUAGAGAUUUUCUGAUUAAAAAAAAGGUCAAGAUUGAAAUAAAUGAUUUAGAGAAUGAGGCAGCUCUGUUAAAAAGUGAAAUUGAGUCAAUGGAACAUAAAAAUGUUCAGUUAAAUGCACUUCAGCUGCAGAAGAGUGAAUUAAAGCAGUCUUUAUUUAACCUGCAAACCGAACUCAAAGACCUUGAGAAAGUAAUCAAGGAGGCUGAAAGAACGACAAAAGAUUUAGAAGCAGAAAAAGUCCAAGUCACUGAAAAACCUCAGACUGAUCCUGAAUGUUUAAGGCUUAAGAAAGAAUUGGAAAAUUACAAAGAUGAUGACUGGGAAAGUAUCUAUGAGACUCUUCGAAUAGAAAUUGAAAUUCUGCAGAUGAACCUAUCACAAAAAAAGUCUUCAGAGAAGUGA